GCCGCUUGUGGGGUCCCGACGGCGGUCGUGGCGGUUCCAUCGGCAUUUCCCCCACCCCGUUCCUUUGACGUAUCUCACAGCUACCCCUUCAUCCCAUGCUCCUUUAUCAUGCACGGAUGCGUAGGCCCCCUCUCAAAAUCCUUCUCUUGGAAGGGAAGCGCUGGAUUUCUAAACCUCUCCCCUGGAAGCCUCAUAUGCGUUUUUUUGUUUUCCUCUUCUCAAGCUCAAGCCCUGUCCCAAUGAACAAAAAAAACACACAACAAUUAUAAACUGAAAUUGACAUUUAAUGUUACGUUUUAAAAUAGACACGAUUGGUCAGCGUUUUCUUUAUUUUAUUAAAUGGGGACUCCCUUCAAGUCGAUCCCUAUGGAUAGGGAGGCGCUGUGAGUUGGUGGUUCCCGAGUUCGGAUAAUUGACCUUGUCCUGUAGACGGGAACGGGGGAAGGAGCCCAGACGUGGCAACACAUUCCCAGGCCCCUGCAGGACCGCCAUGGCUUAUGAUAACUCCAAGAAAAAAGAAGAUUGCUUAGAGAGUGACCGAAUUGAUGACGUGGGACUAGUAGCAGGCAGAACCCAGCGAGAGAAGAAACGUUCCUACAAGGACCUGCUUCGGGAAGAGGAGGAGAUAGCCGCUCAGGUUAGGAAGAAUUCAAAGAAGAGGCUGAAGGAGAGUGACCUCUUCUUGCUGGGGACAGACUCUCACAAGAAGAAGAGGAAGCACUUCAAUGAGUGCUAUUACAGAGACCUUUCUUCUCUUGAGUUAUCCUUACCUUUGGAAUCAUCUUUAAAAAAGAGGAAAAAAGUAGUGGCGAGCCCACCCUCUGCUGAUACUGCCAUGGAUCUGCUUAAGGCCAUCACCUCACCUUUGGCCACAGGCUCCAAGGCCUCUAAAAAGACAUCUGAAAAAUCAUCUCAUUCUUCAUUCUCUGCCUCUGGCUAUUCAGAAGGCAAGAAGGAACACUACAAGAAAAAGCUGAGCGGAAGCAGCAGCGACCUGACCUUGGAUGAAAGCACUUUGCACAAGUCCAAAAAGAUGAAGCCCCCCUAUGGGAACACUGAAAUGUUGACCUUGCGUGAACCUGAUGGCUUAAAGAUGAAACUCAUCCUCUCACCGAAGGAAAUGGGGGGAAGCACAACGGAGGAGCCCUUUCCACAUUCAGUAGUAACAAAGAAAUCCUCUAAGAAGUCAGCUCGGGAUGAACAGGGAUUGUUUCUCUCUAGUCACGAUUCUCACGGCGUCUCAAAAUCGUCCCGAAAGAAGCACAAACCACUUCCAGAUCCGCAUCCCUCUCCAGUUGCUGAGAGCUUUAGCUCAGACACACCCCUUUUCCCAGAAAGCCAAAGCAGUGAGUUUGAGCUUUCAGGCCUGGAACCACAACUGGAAUCAGGUUCAUCCUCUGGAGGUGAAUUGGAAGCCGGAGAGCUAGUAAUCGAUGAUUCGUACCGAGAGAUAAAAAAGAAGAAGAAAUCAAAGAAGAGUAAAAAGAAGAAGGACAAGGAGAAACACAAGGAAAAGAAACAUUCCAAAUCCAAGAAGAGUUCUGGGCUUUCUUCUUCGCUGGCAGUAGCAGAAGUAACAGCUCCGCUGCCAGUCUCUCCAACCAGCACACAGUUUGCUAUUCCUGCCCCUCCUCCUCCUCCACCACCACCACCUCCUCUACCACCUGUUUUUCAUACAGAUAGCCAGAGUGAGAAAAAGAAGAAGAAAGAAGAAAAAGAGAAGAUUGAGAAAUCGGACAAAGAGAAGCCAAAGAAGAAGAAUAUGUCUGCCUACCAAGUAUUCUGUAAGGAAUAUCGUGUGAACAUUGUGGCUGAGCAUCCAGGAAUAGAUUUUGGUGAUCUGAGCAAAAAGCUGGCAGAAGUUUGGAAACAGCUUCCAGAGAAAGAUAAGCUGGUUUGGAAACAGAAGGCUCAGUAUUUGCAACACAAGCAGAAUAAAGCAGAAGCUACAACAGUGAAGAGGAAAGCAACUUCAUCAGAGGGUGCUCCAAAACUGAAAACUUCUGUAACAGGGGUGCUUUCACCACAUAAGAAGUCUCUGUCUAGCACUGUAGUGUUAUCCUCCUCGCCAAUCAAAGUUCCUGAAACGGAUCCCAUUGAUGUAGCUGCACAUUUGCAAUUACUUGGUGAAUCUCUAAGUCUUAUUGGCCACAGGCUACAGGAGACUGAGGGGAUGGUGGCUGUAUCAGGAAGCUUAUCAGUGCUUCUGGAUUCAAUCAUCUGUGCCCUAGGCCCUUUGGCAUGUCUGACAUCCCAGCUCCCUGAACUAAAUGGCUGCCCCAAACACGUUUUGUCAAACACAUUGGACAACAUUGCCUACAUCAUGCCUGGACUCUGACAAUAAAAGGACAAUGGAAAGUGCCCUGCUGCCAUGUAGCUGAUGUAUGUACAUAAGCACUAUCCUGGCAUUCUUCAAGAGUUCAACAUGUAGGCUUUUAAGUUUUCUGUCUGUAACAUAUUGAAUAGAACUGUAACUGUUCUGCUUGAUUUUAUGGAAAGGUUCAGUCUUAAAUUUGAGGAACUUGGAGAAUGUUUUCUCUCAGAUCGGAUGUUUCUAUAUAAUUAGAGUUGGGAAAUCUUUUGAUACACCAGCCUUAACGUGGAAUUUUAAAAAAUGGGAUUACUUUUACUUGGAAAAGUCAAGCAGGUUUGUAGCAAAUCAAGUAUCAUAGGCACAGCCCCGCACUUCAAACAGUAAUUUGGGUAUAACUUUUUUACUUCUCUGAGAGAAGUCAGUUGGGUGGACAAAUUUAUUGGUUGAAGGGUUAACUUGCAUGUUGUUAAAAGUAACACUGGGAAAGAAAUUUGUGGUCGUCGUGUUUUGCUGAGGGCUAGUGCUGGCACCAGGAAUCCUCCUUAUUAUUUCUCCCAAUCAUAGGUAGGGGUGCUAAUUCAGAUUCAGGUUUGAAUGAAUUCUCACAAUCAGGAGAAACAAGGGCUUCUUGAUGUGGACAGUAGAAAAAUGCAUUGCUUCUCCACAGGUUGCAACUACUGUGUGGAUUCUAGUGUUUAGAAUAGUGCUUGAAUAUUCUAAAAAGGGAGCCCUUUAUGAAAUUCACAAGCCUCAUCCCAACUCCUUCUGAUUUUAGCCAAACUGGCCCUCCUCCCUCUCUCUCCCCCCCACCCCCAAGAGAUUUCAAAAAACAGUAGCUAAGGUACUACCAUCAAAGGUGGGGCUGGGGGCAGGCCUCCUCUAGCCCAUUUAUAAUUCACAUUCUGAUUUAGAAUUGCUUAUCACCAGCAACGAACUGAUGUGGUCUUCUUGUGGUGCUGAAGUGUAUGUUGUGGAGGUGGUGAUUAAGGUGAACUUUAAGGGCUUUUAGCUGAGCGAAAGACAUUGAUUAGGCAGAUCCCAUAUCCCCAGUCACAGGAUUUACUGCUCUGAGUGCAUGUAGCUCUUUGGGGAAGCACUUCUCUCUCCCACAAAGGCUAAAGUGUGGCAUUUUUAACAUGUGUAUUUACAUUUUCAUAUAUUGUUUCUGUAGUAGAUUAAUUUAUAUUGUAUAUUUCUGUAUAUAGCUGUAAUUAGAACAAAAUUUCCUUCCGCACUGUAUGGAAAACAUGAGCUACAUGUCAUCAUGUGGAACUGAAUUGUAUCUGUCAUUAUCAAGCAUAGGCUCAAAAUGAAAGAGUAGCAGUGGGGUUUGGGUGAUGGAUGGAAACAAAAAUUAAAAACGUUGUAUUGUGCCAGAAGUUCCCUUGCCACUUGUAAUUUAGAAAUCUUAAAAUGACAGAAAGUAAGAUAAUUUUGGUCCCAGGACUAAAUUCUGUGCUCUUUCUUCAGGCCCCCAGAGUCUAACUGGCAGCUGUUCAAAGUAACAUUUAAGAGUGCAAUGCUGUGAUCCCUGAGAGGGCUUUCCAAGAGCCAUAGGAUAGGUCUAUCCUUCUGAUGAGAGGGAAAUCCAGUGUCAGAUCCUCCCUCUCUGUUGUCACCAGCUCCUCCAAAGCCCUGACCCAACUGACAUCGGAGCCCUCUUGGUCCUGUGUUGUGCCCCCAAAUUAGGUUAGAGAUUUAGUUGUUCCUGAAUGUGACUAAAUCCUUCCCUCCCUUUGUUUCUGAUGAGAUGGAAAGCUUUUUUUAAAAAAUGAUGAAAGACUGAGGAUCACAAGGGCAUUCCUCCACCUACACUUAAGCCCAGCAGGGGCACUGAAUAUGACAGUAGAACUACCUUGAUAUUCCACACACCCCUAGUCACCUUAGGAUUGCAGGCAAAGUGUUUGACAACUGUUUCCACCCACUUUUUCUGAACUUCUAACAUUUAGAUAAGAGUUCUGUUUCUUCACAAGUUUUCCCCAGUUAAUCCCAAAGAGGACAGGUUAGCUAUAUAAGGUGCUAUUCUGUAAAUAAACCCACAUGGUGGGAACUGAUGUCUUGUUUUUUACAGAGCCUUUAGUAUCUCAAGCAGCGUUGCAGUGGUAAAGAGAAUCCUGGUGCAAUCUCUUUAAAUCUGGAUAAUUAUUAGACACUUUGUUUCUAGAGGAGACAUGUAAUAUUUGGCUUAGAGUCCGAUAAAUAUGCAGCCCUCAUAUUAAACAACAGAAGGGGAUCUACUUCACUUUUGCCAUCUGCAAUAUGGCAAUCUUGAAGUUUUUAAAAGCAAAAUGUACUGAUGUACUUUUAUUUAAAAUUUGUAUACAUUUGUAUAAUCUGUAUCUUGUGAUGUUUGUACUGGAGAGCUUUGGAUUUAAACCCUUGUACUUUUUUACAUUUGUUAUUUCCUGCCGUACAGUCCAAAUUGCAUUGUAAAAAUGUUUUGUUAAUGUAUAUAAACUUUUUUAAAAAUUUGAA